CGUGCACCUGCGAGAAAUUACGAUAAUGUCGCCAUUUUGACACUUCCUUUAUAAUGUUUCUCUCCAAUAUUAUGAAUUUGGACAGCUACUGCUUCAAAGGAGUUUAUGUGACAAUAUAGAGUCGUGCGUCUUGAUGUAGGACCCGACCAUAAUGCCAUUAUUUACAAGAACAAUUCAGCCGGUGGCUGUAAGUAGGAUUGAAGUCGAUCCCAGCAUACAGAAUGAACUAGAAUGUGUAACUAAUAAUACUUUAUCCAAUAUUAUCCGACAGUUGAGCGGACUGAGUAAGUAUGCAGAGGAUAUGUUUAUGGAGCUUACCCAGGAGGCAACUAAUGUGUUUACUCGAUCCAGUCAUUUACAGCACCGUAUAGAUAAUCUACGAGACAAAGUCACCCAAUUGAAUGCCACUGUGGAAGAAGUUUCUUUACAAGACAUACAUUUACGGAAACCAUUUAAGAGUUCUAUAUCUAAAGAACAACAAGUAAUAUCACGCAAUACUGUACCCCGAUCUAUAUUAGAGAGUUAUACUAAAUGUACCCAACCUCCAGCACUUGAUAAACUUAAUGAAUUCAGAGAAGACGGUAAAGACAGUAUGAAGUUCUACACAGAUCCAGGAUAUUUCUUUGAAUUAUGGGUAGCAGAAAUGGAAAAAGAUUUCCAGCAUAAAAAAGCAGAAUUACAUAAAAAGAGACAGAAAAGGAGACCAAGAGAUCAGACUCAACAGAGGGUUGUUCGUAAAGUGGUCACAAGAAAAGAAGAGUGGGAGUCCAAAAAAUAUGGACAAGAAUUAAGUGACUAUCAUGUUCCAGACGUUCGUAAACAUAUUGUUAAUCAGACAGUGCCUAGCAACAUGGUACAAAUAAACAAUAAUAAUACUGCUCCUCACCAAUCGCAACGACCAGACUCUAUUAAUAUACAGAAACAGAACUCGGUGGUUAGAAAAGACUCCCAAAAACACAAUCACCAACAUGCUGAUAAACAUGAAAAUGCUUCCACAAAACCUGUACAAAACGGCCCGGUUCAAAUACCAUACAACCAACCUGAACACAAUCAUGUAGCCAAUCAGAUACCACAAUCUAAUCACAUGGCUCAUGAUGUUAGAGGUACUGUUACUAGUCCUCAAUACAGACCAUCAGAACGACCACCUGGUCCUCCUGUUGCCAAUAAAGACAGCCCCUCUAGUGGAAGAGAUAUACUACCUCCACCUCCUCCCCCGCCCCCAGCUGAACAGUUUGCACAGCAUCAAUCUAGUCCUUAUCAAGUACAGCUUGAUAAUGGUAUGAAAUCUACUGGAUCACCGCGUCAUCUGGUUCAUCAGAACUCUGCCAAAAAUUCCCCAGCUAGACAUCAGAUGUUCAGUCCCCAUAUUAGCAUGAAUCAAUCAAUGGAUCUUCCUCCCCCUCCAUUGUCCCCGAAGGAUAAUACACCCGACACACCAGUGAGCAUGGAAAUGCCUCCUCCGCCAUCACCCCCACCCCCACUUGAUCAGUAUAAUCCCACAAAUUUUGUUAAAGCACCAUCUCCCCCACCCCCACCUCCUCCCCCUCCUCCACCAAUGGAUAUGAAGAUGCAGAAUGGGCAUCUACGAAGCCAGCCUGAUGAAGCAUCUAUAUCAUCAUCUGGUAGUACUGUAACAACUAUAUCUAAUCCUGUGGGCAAAGCUGAAUCUGAUCGUAGUGCUCUGUUGGAAGAAAUAAGAAUUGGUACACAUUUGAAGAAAUUAAAUCGUUUAGAAGAGAAAGAAGAAAAGAAAAAGAUGCCAGCUGGAAGAUUAGAUGUUCAAGCUAUAAUGGAUAAAGCUUUUGAAAUGAGACGUAGAGUUAUAGAGGACAGUGAGAGUGAGGAGGAAGCGGAUUCUGAUGACAAUGAUUGGUAGAUAUAUAUAUCUCGCCAUCUUUAUGUCAUGUGAUAAAUUUCAGGGUUUUGAUUGGUGUUCAUCGAAAGUGAGAUCUACAGAUCUGAACAAUACCAGACCUUUAAUCUAUCAAAACCAUUUAAUAAAGAUUAACCUAACAGUAAUAACUGUUUAAAUAUGGCAAGAGAUAUUCAUAUAUCUGGGUUAUUCCGAGAUAUUGUUAUUGAUUCAUAUUAUUUAAAUUUAAUAUGAACUAUUAUUAUGUUAAUUACAGUUGAGAUAAUUGAUAAUGAACACAAACGUGGUGAACUAAUCCAUGAUAUGGAUCUGGUUACAUCUUCUGUAUAGAUAAAAAGAAUAUUUUAUAAAAUGGAGGGUCGACAUUCUAGUGCUAUUUUAGUGCUUACAAUUUGUAGUAUUUGAAUUAAGUAUAGAUUACCAUCAAGCUCAAUUAAAACAUUAUUCGUUAUAUAUAUAUAUAAAUAAAUAUAUAUCACUUUUUGUCAAAUUAUCAACUUUUAACUCUCCCAACUUUUAUCCUUCCUCAUCUUUUCUUUUUAUUAUUGAUUCAGUGUAUGCAACAAACCUGUGCGGGUGUAUUUACUAUAUUAUAUAAAGUAUAUAUUCUAUUAUCAUGGUAUGUAUGUGUAUAAUGUACAGUCAUAUAAAGUGUGCUUGUGAUCAUAUAUAAUUAAUAUUAAUAGUGUUAGUUGAGAGGACAAUAUUCUGUUUAGAAUUUAGAUAUUUUCUAUUAUAGAUCAAACUCUACUAGACAACAUCCCCCCCUCCCUCUAAAUAAAUUGCCCUUAGGUUGUUAGAAAACAUGUGGAAUUCAUCAGCUGACUUUGGUGCUAAAUUUGUGCAAUUUAUGCUCUUUUCAUAUACUGUCUACAUUAGAACUAAGACAACUGCCACAGGGAAAAUUGCCACUGAACAAUUGCCACAAAUAUUAAAUGUCAUCGACUCAAUCCAGUCAAUUUGCCACUGUGGCUCAUGCUACCCACAAAAUGACAUUUGGUUUUGUUAAACGUCAUUUAUAUAUAAGAUAUUUUUACCUACAGAUAAUAUAUGUCCUAUCACAGUGUGUUAUAUGUAUGGAUGAUUCGUAACAUAUUUGCAUAUAAUUCAUGCUUUAUUGUAAAGUGGUGCAUAAAUUUGUUGCAGUUUAUUUCCAACUAUUUUACUGAUUUCACAGUUUGAAAUAUUUAAGGAGGCAGGUGAAGAAUACUUUUAUGUUCUAAAAUGAAAUAUAAUUUAAUUUGAAAUUAUUAUUGAUAAUGGAAGUAUUGAUAUGUACAUCGUGGAUAUUUGUAAAGUUUUUAUGUUAGUAUUACUAACAAUAGAUCAUAAUAUGUAUAAAGUGAGAACCACACAUGGCUGGUCGGGCCUUAUUUACUUUCAUUGUAUUAUAGUAUCCACACCAUUUUUAUAUUUCUAAAUGUGUUCAUCUAUUGUUACUCUUAACAUAUUAUUUCAUUUGAUUAUUACUUAGUGCUUAUAUGUGAUAAGUUUUGAAGUAGAAAAUCUAGCACAUAUAUUAUCCUAUUUGUAAGUGAUUUGCUAACUGCUGGAAUGGUCCCACCCUUUGCUUGAAACAGAUGACCAAUAAAAAAAAGAAGACAUAUUUUUUUAUAGUGAUAGGAAUUUUAUUUAAAUCUAAUAACAAAUUUCUUUUUCAAAAUAACAUUUAUGCCAUUGUUUUUCUGUUUCUGUGUUAGGUGCCUUGCUCUAUAAUAACUUUGGUACGGUCUAAUUGCACACAUAAUUUAUUCUUUGUUUUUCUUUGGAUAUUUAGCUACAGUUUUAAUUCAGUAAAUUUGAUAUAAAAAUAUAUGGCUGUCUUCCAGGUGAAAUAUAGUAGAAUUUGACUUACAAUCUAAUUAAAUAAUCAUAUGUGCAAUAAUCAUUUUAGUAAUAUUUAAAGCAGCUAAAGCUCUUUGAGAGGGGAUUGGAUGGCUGAGUGGUUAGCGCAUGCACACUGUAUCAUAAGGUCUGUCAUUGAGUCAUCUGGCAUAGUUUCAAUUUGCUUUUUGUACGUGACAAGGAAUAGGGUCACCUGUCCAACCUCGUCAGUUUUCUCCGGGUCCUCCGGUUUCCUCCCACUGCUAAAGACUCCUAUGCGCAAGCGAAUUAUUGAAAUAAAGUUGAAACAUGUGUUGGUCCCGAAAUGAUCUAAUUUGUGUUGAGUUGAGGUUAAACCCCAUUUCUCUCUUUUUCUCUCUCUCUAAAAGCUCUUUGAAUUAGGUCAACCUGAAUUAGAUUUAUCUAUUGAUUUCUUUCCAUUAGUCAUGUUUGUUUCAAAAUUGAAGUGAAGGUCAGCUUGUUUACCAGUUAACUUUGACCUUUGGCUUGUUGUGUUGGCAUAAGAUCACACAAUUGGUUUGAUCUCUAGACAUGAAAUUUACAAUGACGGCAUAUUAUCAUGCCACAAAACAAAUCAACAUCUAAAAUCCAAUUUGUUUUUAACCUGAUCAAAGAUGUCUAGUCAUUAACCAGAAUUGUUCAGUCAUAGAUCAACAAAGGUGGCUGUUAAUCUUAAAGAUAAAACCAUUAGGAAGAAAAGUCAUAAGGCUAUAGGUUUUAUGCUUUGAAUACAAUUUUCAUAUUUGUCAAGCAAUGAAUUUAAGAAUGAUAGUUUUUGAUCGUGUGUACAAUUAAGACUGUUGUUAAAGUCAUCCCAAGAGAGAUUUACAUUUGCUUUUUUCUUGCCUAGCUGUUUAAAUCCAUAUCCUUUUUACUGUAAGAAUAUCUUCAAAUCUAACUAUUAUUGUUGUGUUGAAUAUUGGAUGUUUCAUAUGUGUAUCUUAUAUCUCAUGUUUUACACAACAUAUAAAAGGAUAAUGUUGCCUUUAUGCCUCAUCAUACUAUUGACUGGCUUUCAACUCAGUUGACAUGAAUUUAAGCUGUGUUCCUUCUCAGUCAAUUAAAUAAUUUAGUAAAACCUAGACAAAAAUCAAAUUAAAAACUCAGUGAACAGUAACGUCACGGUAAAUGAAUAAAGCAAGAAAGAAAUCCUUAAAUGUCAAGCAAAAUUUGUCAUUAAAGGCUUCUCUCUUUGAAUUUUAAAAAAAAAAUCUUUAAAUUGAGUCAUGUCAUGGAACAUAUAAUGUCCAUGGUCAAGUGUUAUUAGAAUAUUGGGUUUAUUGGUAUUUUUUCUAGUAAUGUCUGUCUAGGUUAUAAUUUGAAAUAUAAAUGACAUAUAUAAUUAAAAUUUACAUAUAUAAGAAAAUGGUAACUAAGGUAAAAAGACAACCUUAUCUUUUAUAUGUAUUAUCAUUGUUUUCUAUUUGUAACUCACUGUGUCUAUAUGUAGAAUGAGGAAGUGGGAGGGUUUUUUAACAACUGUAUAUUAUAAUGUUCAUGUAUGUUUAGACUGUUGAUAUUUAAGUCUGUGAAUAGUUUUCAUUAUGUACAGUAUUAUAUACAUAGUAUACUAUUAUUAUGUGUAGAUGUUAAACUACUCCACUGUAUUUAUUCUUUAUUGUAACUAAUAUGUAAAGAUCUGUUAAAUUGUCUACACAUUGUGUAGUAGGGUAUUUAGUUUAUUAUUUCACGGCCAGUUUUCUCAGAUGAGUUUCUAAUUAAUUCUAUCGAAUUGAUUGUGAUUGCAAAAUUUUUAUAUGAUUAGUCCCCUAUUUGAUUUUUGUAGAGUUCUUUCAAUUAGACAUUGGCAAUUAAGGUGGAUCGUUUAGGGGGGUGUCAGAUAAAAAAUAGCAUUUGAACAAAGUACUUUUUUCUCUCUUGAUAUUCAUCAUAAAUCACAGAAAAUAUUUUACAGCCUCCUUAUCAUUUGGGGUACGAUAUGCAUAUUAUACAUAAUAUUAAAUUUGAUAAGUACAGUUUGUGGGUCUUGAUCUGAAACAUGUUAAUUAUUAGCCACAGAACAUUCUUAUGUAUUUCUAAAAUAAUAUUUUUUCAAAAUGUCACUCGGAUUCUGUGUAGUAUUGUGCAAUGUUCCACAAACUGAUUUUGAGUAGAAUUGUUAUGUAGUCAUUCACUAUCUUACUUUUGUAGAUAAUAUUUCUCUUCUUAUGUUUUUAGAUACUGUUGUAGCUAUUUAUUAUUAAUACUGUAAUUUUUGUAACCCUGUGUGUAUAGUAGCUUGAAGUGAGAAUACAGCUGAAAUAUGCUAGAAAAUUUACACAAAUCAUUCAAUCUUGUAUAAUGUUAUUAUACUAUAUUUCCAUGUAUAUAUAUUAUAUAGAGAUAUAUAUAUAUAGAAGAUGUACAUCUAAUCUGUAUUGAUUAAGAUAGACCAAUUAUUUAUAGGUAUUAAUUAACUAUUCAAAUACUAUAAUUAGAAAAGUAUUAAUAAGAAUUUUACUUUACCCAAUUAAGUCCUACAAUUACCAUAUUUCACUUUUGAAAAGCUUAAAGCGCUUAUUUAAUAAAGUCAUUUUACAAAAAUCAAAAUUAAAGAAAUGUUUUAACUAAGUUGCAUGUUUGUGUUUUAAAAGUAUUUAAAUUACACGAUUCUGUAAUACUCAAAUAUAUAAAUUGAGUAUUCUAAGAUAACACACUUCCCUUUCUUUUUUCAUGUUACCAUUAAAGAGACAGUCUGACCUUUAAAGAUAAAUUAUCGAAUAAGUGGCACCAGUAUUUGACUCAUUAGAUCAGUCAAUAAUAGUGACAUACCUACACAGCAAAUUCAUUUUCAUUGAUGCAAUGUAUUUUUCUUAGGGAAUAUGUGAAUAAUUUUGAAGCAUGUUUUGAGUAAAACCUAAAUACCACUAAAAUAGUAAACUGCACAUGGUCUGUGCCAGUUUUAUUUGGUAGACUGCGUGAUGACAACAUUCAAAUAAAUCUGUCAAAUCUGCAGAUCUUUUUUUCAAAAAUAAUAAAUGGGACUUCCCUUUAACAAAGUAUCCAUUACACUGUUUUCAAGGAAAAUACAAAAUUUUUUAUCUUAAUUUUGCAUGGUUUUUAUACUAUGACAGGUUUUUGAUUUGAUGUCACUGUAAGCACAAAAUUUAUUAAUUUUAUGUAUAAAGUGUGAUAUUUUUGAGUUUUUCUCAACUUAUUUCAUAUCAUAUAAUUUGUUUGUCACUAGUGUAGGAAUUGAGUAACAUGUAAAUUGAAAUGGUAAAGAAGGGCGUGUAUCUAAGAUUGACACUCACUAUUCUAUAAUCUAUGAUAUAAAGAAAACCAAAAUGGUUCAAGUUUCACUAUAUAAAAUAUAUACUGUAUAGACAAUAUUAUAUAGUGGCAUAUUUUCAGCAAUAAACAUCAGCUUUUUUCUAAUAAUA